GUUAUCCACGCCACCAUAUCAAUGACAGUAUCAGUUAUCCACGCCACCAUAUCAAUGACAGUAUCAGUUAUCCACACCCCCACGCCCCCAUAUCAAUGACAGUAUCAGUUAUCCACGUCCCCAUAUCAAUGACAGUAUAACCGGGUGUGUUGCUGGUGCCAUGGCAACGCCAGAGCUGCGGCCGUUACCUGGCAUUGUGGAUACCGUCAUUCUGGUGGCGUUGUCGGCUGCGGAUGACCACGACUGGCACUUUAAACCAGCUCAGUGUCGUUAUGCCCUGGGGAUGGAGGAUGGCACCAUCCCUGACUCUGACAUCACGGCUUCCAGCGCCUGGUCAGACUCUACUGAGGCCAAACACGGCAGGUUGAGUACAGGAGAGGGGGACGGUGCGUGGUGUCCUGCAGGAGCAGUGUUCCCCAGUGCUUCAGAGUACCUCCAGGUGGACCUGCGCUCACUGCACUUCCUGGCUCUGGUGGGUACCCAGGGUCGCCAUGCCGACGGGCACGGCCAGGAGUUUGCUCGCAGCUACCGGCUCCGUUACUCCCGAGACGGACGCACCUGGAUCACCUGGAAGGACCGCUGGGGGCAGGAGGUGGUGUCUGGGAAUGAGAACACCUAUGAUGUGGUUCUGAAGGACCUGGGUCCACCCAUUGUUGCCCGCUAUGUCCGCUUCUAUCCCCUGGCAGACCGAGUCAUGAGCGUCUGUCUACGAGUUGAGCUCUAUGGCUGUCUGUGGAACGAUGGCCUGUUGGUGUACACAGCUCCAGUGGGUCAUGUGAUGCACCUGUCUGGCUCACCUGUGUACCUCAACGAUUCCACCUACGAUGGCAGCGUAGAGUCAGGGGUUCAGUUCGGGGGCCUGGGCCAGCUGUUUGACGGUGUGUUAGGAGGGGAUGACUUCACAGAGACCAAGGAGCUGAGGGUGUGGCCGGGGUAUGACUACCUGGGCUGGAGCAGAGAGGCUCUGGGGCAGGGCAGCGUUGACAUCGAGUUCCACUUCGAAAAGACACGCAGCUUCCACACCAUGCAGGUCCACAGUAACAACCGUCACACCCAGGGUGUGAGGGUGUUCAGUAAGGUAGAGUGUCAGUUUAAACCUGGCCUCUUACUCCCCUGGUCCUCGCCCCCCCUCUCCCUGGCUGUACCCCUGGAGGACCUGAAGGACCCCUCCUCACGCCCCAUCUCCCUGCCCCUGGGGGGUCGCCCCGCCCAGAUCUUACGCUGCCAGUUUUCCUUCGCAGACCGAUGGAUGCUCAUCUCUGAGAUCUCCUUCUACUCCGAGCCGUAUGGGGAGGGUGUUGACCCUAUGGACACGGGCUCUGCUCUUCCUGCUCCUCCGGUCUCCUCCGCUACUCCUCCUCCUUCUGUCUUCCCCUCCUCUGUCAGCCCCGCCCUCAACCACAACUUCACUAGCGCUCCCUCAGAACCCCCCACCACCAACCCCAUGAUGGACAGCACGGGCAACAGCACACUGUCAGGGGCCGACUUCGAUGCCAUGACCCCGAGGGCGGGCCUUCCUGUCGCCAAGGACGACAGCAGUAACACAGCCAUCCUGAUUGGCUGCCUGGUGGGCAUCAUCCUGCUGCUAUUAGCUGUGAUCGCUGUCAUUCUGUGGAGGCAAUACUGGAAGAAGAUACUGGGCAAGGCCCAGGGCAGUCUGUCCAGUGACGAGUUGCGUGUCCAUCUGUCUGUCCCCUCGGACAACGUGGUAAUCAACAACACACACAGCUACUCCAGCCGCUACCAGCGUAUACACACAUUCCCUGACGACAGGGACAGGGAGCGCUGCGACGGAGAGGGAGAGUACCAGGAACCCAGCGCACUGAUCAGACCACGAGACCACACUGGACGAGACAGCAACGCCUUGCUGUUAAACAACCCAGCCUAUGACCUCCUCCUGUCAGAUCAGAGGCAGCAUGGCUCAGGCUCCUCGUGGCCCCUAACCAUCCCUAUGGCCAGGGCCAGCUCCUCCCACCCUCAGGAGAAGAGCCUCAAUAAUGGGGCCCAGGCCUGUGGUAUGGACUUGGAGAAGGGCUUGCCCCCCACCCAGGAGGAGCCUCCCCCGUACCCCGAUGCUCCUCCCUACCCGGCCCUGUCUCCCCCCUUCCCCGCCAGCGUGCCCCACUAUGCAGAGGCGGACAUCGUUAGCCUGCAGGGCGUCAGUGGUAACAACACAUAUGCAGUGCCAGCCCUGACCUCGCCCAGCCCCACUGCAGCAGACUGCACCCCCCUGCCAGAACUGCCCCGACACUGUCUGGUCUUCAAGGAGAAACUGGGAGAAGGACAGUUUGGAGAGGUGCACCUGUGUGAGAUAGAGAGCCCUCAGGACCUGCCUAACCUGGAGUUCCCGUUCAACGUGAGGAAAGGACGCCCUCUGCUGGUGGCUGUUAAGAUACUGCGCCCUGACGCCUCCAAGAAUGCCAGGAACGACUUCCUAAAGGAGGGGAAGAUUCUGUCUCGUCUGAAGGACCCCAACAUCAUCAGUCUGUUGGGAGUGUGUGUGAGCAGCGACCCUCUCUGUAUGGUCACAGAGUACAUGGAGAGUGGAGACCUCAACCAGUACCUCUCACACAGAGUCCUGCUGGACAAGACUGGACCCACACACAACACCCCCACCAUCAGUUACCCUGCUCUGAUCGCCAUGGCCAGUCAGAUAGCUUCAGGGAUGAAGUUUCUGUCGUCUCUGAACUUCGUGCACCGUGACCUGGCCACAAGAAACUGCCUGGUGGGGGGUGAGAAGGGCGAGAGCGGGGGCGACCGGGGCGGGGAGCGACCCAUCAAGAUCGCCGACUUUGGGAUGAGCAGAAACCUGUACGCUGGAGACUACUACCGCAUCCAGGGGCGGGCCGUGCUGCCUAUACGAUGGAUGGCCUGGGAGUGUAUACUGAUGGGGAAGUUCACCACAGCCAGUGACGUGUGGGCGUUUGGUGUGACUCUGUGGGAGAUGCUGAGUGUGUGUCAGGAGCAACCCUACUCCAACCUGACUGAUGAACAGGUCAUAGACAACGCCGGAGAGUUCUUCAGGGACCACGGAAGACAGGUGUAUCUGAGCAGGCCAGAUGUGUGUCCUCAGGGUCUCUAUGACCUCAUGCUGAGCUGCUGGAACCGGGACUGCAAGCUCCGCCCAUCAUUUGCCCACAUUCACUCUUUCCUCACAGAGGAUGCCAUGAACAUGGUGUAGAGAGAGAGAGAGAGAGAGAGAGAGAGAGAGAGAGAGAGAGAGAGAGAGAGAGAGAGAGAGAGAGAGAUGGAGAGAGAAGGAUGAGAGACGGCUCCUCCUACCUUCAUUCAUCAUAGAGAUGAGUGCUUUGAGCGAGGGAUGUGUGUAGAAGUGGUGGAGGUGUAGAGGGACGGGUGCCUGCUUGUAUAUUUUGUAUUUCUCUAUGAUGGGCGGAUGGGGCUGAGACACCGCUGGUUCGGUUUUCACUCCCACAAGACAGACCCCAACCCAAACCCAUUUCACCCCCCUGAGUAGUCUCUAGAUUGUGUUGUGUUACAUUCUUAUCAAGACAAUGGUUGGUGCGGUGAUGGGUUGGUGUCUGAUUCUGCAUAGUGCUUCCAGGACCACCAAUGGUCCGUCAAUGGACUGCUAGCUAACACAGGGAAGCUGUAAGACAUGUAUGGGGAGGUGAUGUGACAAUGCUUGAUCAUGUAGAUGAAGCUAAAAUGAAUGUGUAACGCUGAUUAACGUUUAUCAAAGAAUAUCAACAAUACCAAUCUGAUUAUGUAUCAAUGUCAGACUUUAAUACUCUGACACUCAUAGUUUAAUAGCAUAUUAACAUUUUGGGAUAAACUUAAUAACACAUCGUCCUAUAUAGAUAUUUUAUUACUUGAUCUGCUAAUGUUUUUGGUAUUGUAUAAAUCAUGUGCUAGGGUUACUGGUGAAGGUCUAUAUAUAUUCUCAUACUGUCAACAUUUCUCCAUCUCAAAACGGUACGCACACAUUUUUCACACAGAGAUGAAAUUGCACACAAGGUUUGCUGUCUUAGUACUAUAUAUAAAACAAGUAUGUCCCAGUAAACUCCAGUAUGUUUCACUAGUUUUCAGUAUAUAACCCAGUUCUUCCCAGACCCUUAUUCCCAGCUCCAAACCCUCCAUCCCAGACCCCAGUCUAAGGUUCAGUCUCUAGUCUCAUGGAGCCAGACGAGUCUGGCUGAAUAUCGCAUUAUAUUCCUCUGGCCUACCCGUUACAACUUAGCUUUAAAGUCUGGCAAGCAGAAUGAUGCUAUCUCAUACACAGGCCAGUUGCAGACACAGCAACAGCUGUUCCACCAGCAGUCUGUAACACCAGGCAUUAGACAGACACACUAACAAUGCUGUCAGUCAGUCAGCUCCUCAGCCCAGACUUGGCUGGCAUUGUGACUAUAGUCUGCCACAUUCUGCCUCCCACUCCAUCCAACUCAGUAUCUCACCAAUCCGUAAGCCUUUCAUUCUGCAGUGUCACUCAUAUCUCUCAACUGAUCCACUCUGAGCUGUAACGAUGGAGUUAUACUGGACUGAUGUGAACUGAUCUGGACUCGAGGAGUCUUUCCAGGACAGGAAGAGUGUGGUUGUUACCAUAGAGAUAUGGUUGUUACUCUACCAGACCUCCAAACUGAAACCCUUUGGACCUCCGGAGCCAGAGAGAACUGACUGGUGUCAUGUGACGUGAGCCUCACUGACUGAGAGAACAGGUACAGUAGGGGAGGUGCACUGUGAACGGCUACAGCCUAUGAGAUUUGAACUUAACAGAACAGAGACAUCCUUCCUGAUGGGAGCUGGAAUAGUACAGCCCACAGCAACACAGACAACACUGCCUGUGCUGUGACAUCACAUGUGAAACUGACAGUUGUGAUUGGUGACUAGCUGAUGGAACAGCAUAACAUGGAUGGACAGAUGGAUUGACGACUAGAGGGGAGUGGGGGCUGAUAUAUGUAAAUUACCAUUUUCAUGUGUAAGUGAGGUGAGCGAUGUGAUGAUUUUCUACCAACGAUGGAUAGUGGAGCUGGGUCUGACUCAGUGACCCAGAUGCAGAAAGGAGGUUCAUGUAUAUGUCCAAUACACUACCAGCUGCACUUUAAAGGCUGUUUCUGGCCGCACGCCCCAAUACCUGCACUAGGAUAGUAGAGUUGUGGCCAGUCUUGGGGCGUAGUUACAGUACUUGUAGUUUAACAACUAAUUAACGACACUUUCAGAGUAGCUCCCCCAACACUGGUAUGUAUCAUGUUACUAUACGAGUAUCAUGGUGGUGUGCUAGUCUGGAUGUAGGGGUCUGUAUCCCCUUGGCGUUAGAACCGAUAGCAGUCCAACAUGGCAUUGCUGGUCAAAAUAGAUGUAGGUCUAAACAGAAAAACAGGUCAGUUUCUUGUGAUUUAUCUACUUAAAGAUGAUCAUUUAUUCAUGAUUCAUAUUAGUGGAUUGUUGUUCAAAUAGAACUGCCUCAUAAUGUUCUCAAGGAGGAAAAUAAAGGUUUGGAAAACCUCUGUCUGCAUUAUGAGGAAAGGCAGAGUACACCAAAUGCUCAUCCCCAAACUGUCUGCCAGUGUUACAUAGAUACCCAUCAGACCUAAUGGUUAAAACGUCCCAAUCACAAAGAACCUAACACUCAUGAGAAGAGGAGCACUAACAACUGCAUCCAAAGCCUUUUAGUUUGUCAGUAACCUUUCAUCUACAUUAUCCCAACAUGGUGGACUCUGCCUUACUCAUUGUAGUUCUCUAUAAUGUGUCAGGUUUGAUCAAGAUGAUCAAGUAAUCCUGGUUUACUGAUUGAAUGAGUUUGAAUGGUGGUGCCAUAUGAAUACAGUAUGUGUCUCGAUUGACCUUUUUUGAUACACUGUAGCCCAACUAAACCCAUAUUUAUAUAUAUAUUUCCUGUAUACGUACUUAGAAUCUCCUUGUCAGUGAUGUCAUCCUUUGUCUUUGAAGCUGAUGUGUACAUUUUUUAAGUACAGAAUUUUUAUUUUGUUGACUAAUAUAUGGAAUUUCUUUGUUACAGUUGGGGUCUCCUCUUUUUGUUCCUUUGUAGAAAGCUUGCUAUCUUACCUUGAUGCCAUUGUAAUUCACUGUGUUGUCUAUUUUUGUAGUUUUAAUAAAGUUAAUCUUUCCAAAUAAA